AAUAUUUAUCUAAUUCGCUAUAAAAAAAGAUAGUCUUUUACUUUCGCGCCAUCUUGAAUUACUGAGCGAUUGUCUUCUAAGAAAACAGUGAUAGUCUAGUUAUGAAAACUGAAACUAAAAUAAAACAAAGCCUCGAUUCCUCUAAGGAGGCAUCGACAAAGCAAGCAACCUUAACAGUUGGUGUGAUUUUCAUUGCUUCGUUAUCGGCAUUAUUUUAUGCUUAUACUAGUUUUCCAGAACUUACUGAAGAUGAGCGACAGUACAUGAAAUUGCCAUUACAUAUUGAAGAAGCUAAAAGUUUGGGUAAACUUCUCGGACGAUAUAAAGAUCUUUAUUAUUUUCAAGUGCUUGCUGGAUUAUUUAUUACAUAUGUUUUCUUACAAACUUUUGCUAUUCCAGGUUCUAUUUUCCUUUCAAUCCUUUCUGGUUUCCUUUUCCCCUUUCCUUUAGCUUUGUUAUUAGUAUGCAGUUGCAGCGCAAUAGGAGCAUCACUUUGCUACUUUCUUUCUUCACUUUUGGGACGUAGAUUACUUUUUAAAUAUUUCCCAGAAAAAGCAAGGGAGUGGACGUUAACAGUAAAGAAGCACAAAGACCACCUCUUUAAUUAUAUGCUAUUUCUUCGAAUAACUCCAUUACUACCAAAUUGGUUUAUAAAUUUAGCCAGUCCUGUAAUUGGAGUGCCUCUUGUACCAUUUGCUUUAGGCACAUUUUUUGGAGUUGCUCCACCAUCUUUUGUUGCUAUUCAAGCAGGUCAGACAUUACAAAACUUAACUUCAUCUUCUGACGCAUGGUCGUGGAAUAGCAUUAUAAUAUUAUGUAUAUUUGCUGUAUUAUCAUUAGUACCUGUUUUAUUUAAACAAAAACUACAACAAAAAUAUGAUUAAACUUUAGGAAAGAAAUUUU